AUAUCUACUGAUCUAAACACACAAGCUGUCGAGAACUAAACAUGCAUGGGAAAUAUGACGUCAUUUAAGAUAUCUAUGUCCAACAUGUGGCUGGUCAUAGAAAUGUUAUAAACUUAUAAAAAUAAAAUAUUACAAACUAAUAUUGUUGCGUCAUUAAAACGUCAUCAGUACAUCACUAAAUAUAAUAAUCUAUAAAAUAAAACUUUGCUUUGGUAUUCCGGGGUUUUAAACAUAGGGGAGGAAAAAAAUAUAGCAAAUAGAAAUAGUAUAAUCGUAAAGAUUCAUUGAAGCGUAUCUUCAUAAACAUUAGGGGAGCGAUGUUUAGUUUUUAUACAGGAAAUGAACAAUUUAAAAACGAUCGUGAUAUGAACCUACAAAUCAACGAUAAAAUAUUGGAACAAAAAGUUCAACGUUGUUGUGACGAUGUGAAUAAGACUGGGCAUUUAGUGGCGAAUGAACCUUCACUUGGUUUGUACAGAAUACAACAACAUAUAAGGAAAGCCAUGCCGAAGCUGGUUGCAUGCGAAAGUACAACAAAAGCUUCUGAUAACCAACUAAAGGGCCUAGUGUUUGAUACCAGUGGAUCAACGAAUGUAAUCCAAGACAUGAAAAAAUCUUCCGAAAUAUUUUCCAACAUUGAGAAGUUACUUGCACGAGCAACAACAGCAGCUGCGAUAACGAACAUGAAAUGACUUUAAUGUUGGACGUCUUGUUUCAAUACGACAUCACCCUUUGAUAAUUUGUUUGCAAACUCUGCAACUAACGGAUCCAUUGACAUUGUUGCCAUGCCAACAAUGACAUCAUUCUUCACAUAAUAAGCCGCAAACUUUAAUUCAUCCAAAUCUCCUUGUAUUAUGACAUCAUCAUGACCGCUAGCACACCCAGCGAACCUUAAACUUCUGCCAUAUUGAACCGUCCAAAAGAAUGGAACGAUAGCUACAGGGGGCGGGGUCUGCGAGCUUCCUACUAUGUAUGACAAUGAACGUAUUAUAUCUAAUGCAGCGAUACGACCAUGUGCUUGCGCCAUUUGCCAAUGUUGUAUAUUCACCAUUUCGCCACCUAAUAAAAUAUGAUGUCAUACA